GUUGCCCCCACCACCCGCCCCAUCACACAGCACACCAUGGGCAGUAGCUACUCCAGCCGUGUGAGGCCUGCGCCGCCCCGAGGGGACUCCCACACCCUCUACCGAGAGGCCGGGGACCGUGAGGUGGCCACCACUGCCCUCAACGACCUCGGCUACAUCCUAUUCGACUAUUGGGGUCGGCGCAAGGCGUUUAAGGCUGCCAAGAGGGAGGAGGCCCGCGAGCGCGUCAGGGAGAUCCCCGUCAGCUGCGCCGAGGUGGAUGUGGAGGACGGCUGGUGCGCUUUGGGCCACAAUACGAUGUAAGCUGGACGAAGUGCUGCUCUGCAUGCAUCGACCAUUUAUCCAUGGCUCUUCUGUCAUCCCUGUUUCUCCAUCUGCAUGUGUCUCUUAUGCAGUGCUCAGGGCAGCACUGGUCCGUCCGACAACACCACCGACGCGCAGCACAACGGGGAUACCACCGACACGCCGCGGCCUCCCCCACAAGAUGACUGGGUCAUCAUCUCACCAACCGACCCAGCAGCCCCAGGCGGCCACCGCCACCGAAGAGGCGGGCGAGACGGAAGAUGCCGGGGCACAGCAGGCGGGGGAGGAAGAUGAUAAGGGAGAGGAGGAGGGAGAUGAUAAGGGAGAGGAGGAAGAGACCGCCCCACACUACGACAGCCCACCCAAGACCGAGGGGGCCGAGGGAGAGGGGGAAGGAGCGGCCGACACAGUCGAUAACACCAAGGCCGCACAGCAAGGCGAGGAGGCCGCCGUCAAGGGAGGGAGUGGAGGAGAGGAGGACAACGGCCAGGGCGCCACCAGUGGGGAGGAGGGAGGGGCCAGCGGGGGAGGAGGAGAGGACCAGAUCGUCGACUACGAUCCGGUUGGGGAUGCCAUGCGUUUGUGGGGCCCCCCGCCGAAGGACGAGAUGGUCUUCGACUUCGACCUCGCCGGGAAGUACUUCGACAGCAAGCCAUACUACUACGACAUGGAGGUGUACCCCCACUACCCCCCCGAGUGGAUCCUCCCCGACCCAACCACAUGGGUCCGCACCAAGGCGUCCCACCACACCAUCGCCAUGUGGGCAAACGAGGAGCGGCGCGAGAAGGCCCGCAAGAUGCUCGCUGGCCUGUGGCGGGUGCCGGAGGGGGCGGUGUGAGGGAACUAAAGGUGGGAGGCCGAUUGAUACAGCGGCCUGGUGGCGGGUGGAGGCGGUGGUGCGGGGUGUGGUGUGUGUGAUGGCGGCGGGCGGUCAGUGGGCGGUGAGUCGGUGGGCGGCUUGUCGUGUUGUUUGUGUUGCAUUGUGUAUGGUUCGUGUGGUGACUCGUGCGUGGUGACUCUCAUCUUUGACUGUCGGUGCUAUUUUU